AUGACCACAUUCAAUGUGGGCAAUGCCCAACCGCCGGAUGACCUCUCAUCGUGGCUUACGCGAGCUGCGUCGAUGGACAUUGUCGCCAUUGGAGCCCAGGAAUGUUCGUAUACAGCAACAAGCAACCCCAUGGCAGCCUCCAUCCAGCGCGCAUCAAGUGAAAAUUCAUCAAGACAUGCAGGCAGUUCCGCUGAUGGCCCUACGGAAGCGACUCCAUUAUUGGAUGGGGAUACAGACUCUGAAGGUGAUAUCUCACGCAUUUCAAGCUCCCCAAAAGUGACGCAAGCAUAUUCAUCGACAUCGAUGGGUGGGAAAGAGCAUUGGCACACGCUACUAUCGGCACACUUUCCGGAAGACGAAUAUGCAUGCAUAGCAAAGCUUUCGGCCUGGGAUCGCUGCUUGAAUAUUUUUGUCAAGAGGAACUUGCUACCAGCUGUAUCGCGUGUCAGGUCUGAUACUGCAAAUGUUGGGCUCGGAGGUGUGGCCGGAAACAAGGGUGCCAUUGGGGCGCGCUUCACAGUUUUCGACACUGACUUUCUCGUCAUUAACUCGCACCUGGCAGCACACGCAAGAGAGGUAAAUCGCAGGAAUGAGGACUUCGCGUCAAUCACAGGCGGACUUUGGAAUUUGCGCGAUAACCCUGAAGUGGAUAUUUUGGCAGGUGCUGUGCACCAUCUGAUUUGGAUGGGGGAUUUGAACUACAGAAUAGAUCUGGAACGAGACAAGGUACUGGAGCUUAUUGAGAAAGAGGACUGGGAAAGUCUGCACCAGGCUGAUCAACUACGGAAGGAAAUGGAGGCAGGCCGAGCCUUCCAAGGUUUCCACGAAGGUGCAACUGACUUCCGCCCUACAUAUCGAUAUUUGAGAGGGUCACGGGAAUAUUCUGCUGUAAAACUACGGGUUCCUUCGUACUGCGACAGGAUACUGUAUCGAUCUCUGGGUGGUUGUAGGUUGAAGCUCCAAGAGUACCGACCCGCAGAUGAAAUUCAGACUUCGGAUCACUCACCGGUGUACGGAAUAUUCAGUGCGAACCUUGUGCAUACCAGAGGAACUCGGGAUCUGGAAGCGAUCGCAAUGGAUAGCAGUUGCCAAGAAGCAAGGGAUCUGGGAUUGAUGUCACCGAUUGUUUCUCCACGAACGUUGUCAAUGCGCGCGUUGCUUCCCGGAUUUUCUGAAAUAACUGGCAUGCAAUUACAGUUUAAGAGUCUUUCGGCGACAGGGAUUCCAGAAAUGGACCAUGGGGGGCGCAGAAUACAAGUAGCAAAGGCGUUGCACAUUCACAAUCACGUAGGAUGGAAGAAGCAUGAAGAGUUAGGGGCAGGACAACACGCGGAUCCAUAUUGCACAUUCCACGGGGACGCAGUGGCAGAAUUAGAUGAAGGAGAGUACAGAACACGGACAAUAGAAGCUUCUCAGAAUCCGGUUUGGGAAGCAGAAUCAGUUCCAGGAAUCGAUCUGCUGAGCUCAGCAAGUAAUUCGGUAGGAAAGCGAUAUGUAGUGAUCACAGUGAGAGACGAAAUUCCGACAAGAAGGGACGAUGUUAUUGGGUCGGCCGUGCUAUGGCUAGGGGGCAGUGGGACGGGGAGUGAGUGGAGUGCGCUGGUCGGGAACGAGCCGAUUGCAUUUAGUCUACCACUGAUGUUGGGAGGGAAGAAUCAGGGACAGAUUCAAGGCUCGUACAUUUUGAAGAGGACGUAAUUUACUGUAUAAAGCAAACUUCUUUGGAA